GGCAGUCAUCGCUUUGUUGCAUUUCCGAUCGCAUAAACUGUAGCCUGCUCAUGGCGUUUGUCAGAGAUUCGCUUUCACGAUGAUUACCUAGCCGUGAAGUAAGGCAGGCGCAUGUAGCCUCCCGCCCCUCCCAACACACGCUCGCGCCUCGCAUCGCCACUUUUUCUUUCGCAACGCAUGAAUAUUCGCCGAACCUGAACGGCCGCCUUGUGUAUGAACCGCCUGCAAUAUGACUUCGCCGCCCGACGACGAAACGGCCGCAGCCUCGGCACCCAUAGUUACUGUGACCGGCGCGGAAGACUCGAACGCUGCGAAGGUGGAGAAAACCGCGAUAGUGCUAGACGCACAAAGUGGGGAGGGAGAAAACAAGGUGCCUCCAGACGCCGACGAAGAAACGCGACUCAAGUUUUUGACAACGGGGACCCGGGCGCAAGAUGACCUCGAGCGCGAUAUUGGCCGGCAGGCAGACCAGCUGCUCACUGAGCAAGCUGAUGCCAGAGACAGGAAGCGCAUAGAGAAGGCAGAAGUAGAGGCAAAGCGUGCCGAAGCUGCGAUCCAGAAGCUGCGGAAUCGGCUCUCGUUGCCUGCGGUGGACACACACAAGGCCAAGCUGCGAGGUGAGAUUGCAGCGUACCAGCUCAAGAUCGAGGAUCUCGACAAGGAGAUGGACGCCAUACAACAGCGCAUAAACGAGCGACAUGCCGCGCCAGAGAGCGGAGAGAUAACGCAGGACGGUGUAAAUGCCCCUCUGCCAAACGAGAGCCGGCGUGACUUCUUGAUCCGCACCGGUAAGAUUACGCCUUUCUCGAGACUGGCACAGAACCAGACUGGUUCAGGAACAUUAGGCGAAGCCAUGCUUGAUGCCGAGAUGGAGGACAUGGUCGAGGAUGAUACUACUACCGGUCCAACUUCGCAUCGAAAUUUGAUGAAGCCUGGCUUCCAGGACGUUGAUACCAGCUCGGAAGAGCCAAGCCGACAGUCGACCACACGCGCUCGGAAACGACAGAAGAUCAAACCCUCGAGCCAUGCGGUGGGAUCACGAGCGUCCAGCGCAGACCCCGGCACAGCUGAUGCUGACAGCGAUGACGCUUUCGAUCCGCGCAUGUCUGCACGGCAGCUUGCUACUUUGGAUGACUCCGAAGAGGGCUCAGAUGUAGCUAUCGAUGAUGACGAUGACGACUUCGGUGCAAGCGCUGGUCGCAGGCGCAAAGCCAAGGGGAAGACGUCGAAGAAGGCAAGAGCUGUGUCUGCGUCUGAGGCUGAGGUUGAAGAGGACCUGACAGGAGUGGAUGACGGCAACGAGAAGGUGUUUCGUCAGCGCAUCGACAAGUGGUCGAACAAUCGCGCUGCAGCGAGGAAGCGAGCGAGAGAACGAGAUCGUGACACCACAGUCGAAGAUGAGCCGGAAGAGGAGUGGUUCCAACCUCAUCCCACAGAAGCUGAUACUAUUCUUGAAGGCGGCUUUCGCAUACCUGGAGACAUCUACCCAGCCCUGUUCCCCUACCAGAAAACAGGCGUACAGUGGCUUUGGGAGCUGUUUCAGCAGAACGUUGGUGGCAUCAUCGGUGACGAAAUGGGAUUGGGUAAAACCAUCCAAGCCAUUUCUUUUGUCGCUGGCCUACAUUACUCCAAGCGCCUCACCAAGCCUGUGAUAGUGGUGUGUCCAGCAACGGUCAUGAAGCAGUGGGUCAGUGAGUUCCACCGCUGGUGGCCAGCUCUGCGUGUCUCUAUUCUGCAUACGUCAGGCAGUGGCAUGCUGAACACUCAGCGAGAGGACCGCUACGAACGGGAGAUGGAGUUGCGCAGCUACGGUGACUACGACAACACCUUGACCGGAGCUGGCAAGGCAGCUAAGAAAAUCAUCGAGAAAGUCAAGCGAGACGGUCAUGUCCUGGUCACAACCUACUCUGGCCUGCAGACCUAUUCAGAGUUCUUGACAGCAGCCGAGUGGGAAUGCGCCAUUCUCGAUGAAGGGCACAAGAUCCGCAACCCAAACACAGCUAUUACGAUCCAUUGCAAGGAGCUUCGAACACCGAAUCGCAUCAUCCUGUCAGGUACGCCUAUGCAGAACAACCUCAGUGAGCUCUGGUCUCUAUUCGACUUCGUGUUCCCGAUGCGCUUGGGAACCUUGAUCAACUUCAGGAAUCAGUUCGAGUUCCCUAUCAAGCGCGGUGGAUAUGCCAAUGCCUCGAAUCUCGAAUUCGAAACGGCUAUACAGUGCGCGGAAACUUUAAAAGAUGCUAUUAGCCCGUACUUGCUGCAGCGUUUCAAGGUGGACGUAGCGACCGACCUGCCACAAAAGAAGGAGCAGGUGCUGUUUUGUAAGCUGACGAAGCAACAGCGGCAGGCCUAUGAAGGUUUCCUGCAGUCAGAAGACAUGAAGUCUAUCGCCUCGGGAAAGCGACAGAUGUUGUAUGGUGUUGACCUUCUGCGAAAAAUUUGCAACCAUCCAGACCUGACUGAGCACAAGACUCUGUCGAAACAGCCUGGCUAUGACUAUGGUGCACCAAACAGGUCCGGGAAGAUGCAAGUCGUGAAGGAAUUACUAUCGCUAUGGAGGAAAGGCGGCCACAAGACGCUGCUCUUUGCCCAGCACCGCAUCAUGCUCGACAUCUUGCAGAAGUUCCUCGAUCACCUGCCUGACAUCAACUACCGUCGUAUGGAUGGCGAGACGCCUAUCAAAUAUCGACAAGAUCUUGUCGACGAAUUCAAUAAGAGUCCAGACCUUCACGUCUUCUUGUUGACGACUAAAGUUGGAGGCCUCGGUGUCAAUCUCACAGGUGCCAACCGCGUCAUCAUCUACGAUCCUGACUGGAACCCGUCCACUGAUAUUCAAGCAAGAGAGCGUUCGUGGCGUCUCGGUCAGAAACGCGAGGUUGAGAUCUACCGCCUCAUGUCCGCAGGUACUAUCGAGGAGAAAAUCUAUCAUCGCCAGAUCUUCAAGCAGUUUUUAACAAACAAGGUGCUCAAGGACCCAAAACAGCGCCAGACAUUCCAAAUGAGCGACUUGCACGAUCUCUUCACCUUAGGAGGUGAAGCUGCAGACGGAGAAACAGAGACAGGCAACCUCUUCCGUGGGUCGGAAGUCAAGUUCGACGAAGACGGCAGCUCAGCAGCCCCAGAUGCCACUACAUGUCAAGAUCUUGCAGCCGUCAAGGGAAUUGCCCACGCUGAAGCCUUACAAGUACCUGUCUCCGAUACAGAAGAUGGCACACGAAGCGCCGGCGAGAGCACAGAGACAGAGACACUCACCUCAGACGGUCGUCUCAUGUCUACCAUUUUUGCAAAAACUGGCGUGCACUCUGUCCUCGAGCACGACGCAAUCGUGAACUCGACAGCGGGCGGCCGGAAGCGCAAAGUGCAAGCAGACCCCGCCUUCGUCCAGCGCGAGGCGCGACGACAAGCCGCGCUCGCCGCGGAGCAACUCAAGAAGAGCAUGGAAGAAGCCCGCGCCGUGCCCGCCGGGGUACCAACAUGGACAGGCACAUACGGCGAAGCCGGACGCCCUUCUGAUCCCCCUCGCACAUCAUCCACUCGCGGCGGACGCGGCGGACGAGGCGGCAGCACACUCAGCCGCGGCCAGCCCUCUUCCUCAUCUAUCCUCUCCAACCUCGCCGCGCGCCAGGGCCGCCCCGUCUCCACGUCCACGGGCGCAUCGACACCGGCGAGCUCAUCGCGGGCCUCGACGCCGUCAGCGACCACGCCGGGCUCGUUCCGCGGCCGCAGGAUGCUCGAGAUGAUCCGCGAUUUCAUGAUGACGCAUGGCGGCAGUGUGCCGAGCCAGAUGCUGGUCGAUCAUUUCGAUCACUUUGUGCGCGCGCAGCCCGGCCGCAACGAGGAGUUCAAGGAGAUGCUGAAGACGGUUGCUACGCUGCAGCGGAGCGGGAGUGCGCAGCGUGGACGCUGGGUGUUGAAGGACGAGUGGAAGCCCAGGUCGGGAGGGCGGGGGCCAGGAUAGGUGGGUGGUGCGAGGCUUCCGGGCGGUGUGUGACGAUAGCAGGAGCGAAGCGGGAGCACGAUCGUGCGACUGUCCCGUAGACGCGGUGUUGGGUUUCGCGAUACGGGAGAUAGCACUGCAUUCUUGCCAAGUGCUGGCAUGCAUUCCGAGCAUAGUGUUGACAGACAAUGACAAUCUCAAUCAAACAAACACACAA